AUGUCGUCCUCAAGCAACGUCGGUUCCUACGGCGAGCCGCUGUCCAAGACAGUAACCGACCCCGACGAUCCCUCCUCCCGCCACGUCAAGUUCCCGAGUCUCGAUAUCGAAGCCCACGACUAUGCCGACGUCGUCGCCCAGCCCCCGCCCUCCAGAGGCGUGCGCAUCUCGGUGCCCAACGAGAACAUCGGCGUGCCCUUGACGCGCGCAUCGACCGACCAAGCAAUCUCGCCCCUGCGGCGUCGCGCCGGCACGUUCAAGCCCGUCGAGGACUUUGACGACUUUGAGCUGUCGCGUCCAGGAUGGCAGCCCGGCUCUGAGCCCGGCUUCGACCCGAACAAGCUGGAUGGAGGCCACGCCUCGAUGCCGACGCUCCACGCAGACUGCGACAUCUCUGUGAUCGACUUCAGCCAGGAGAAUAUGGUGAAGCACAACUUCGGCAACGAGGGGUUCAUCGACUUUGUCAAGAAGCCGCAGGAGCCAUGGGUCAAGUGCCGCUGGAUCAACAUCAACGGACUCAGUUGGGACGUCAUCUCGGCGUGCGGGCAGUACAAGGGCCUGCACAAGCUCGCCAUUGAGGAUAUCAUGAACACGCGCAACAGGACAAAGGCGGAUUGGUACUCGAACCACGCCUUCAUCGUCCUCACGCUGCAGAAGCUUGUGCUUCUGGUCAAUGACGACAGCAGCAGUAGCAGCAGCAGCGAUGACAACUCGGAUGACGACGCGAGUAUUCGGACGAUCAAGUCCAGGAAGAAGAAGCUCAAGCGCGCAUUCACCAGGGCUGGCAAUAAGCGCGAUGACCCCGAGAAGGGCAACGCGACGGGCGUGUCCACUGGCAACACUCCGUAUGGGCACACUCUCAACCACCACCCGAGCAACCUGUCCCAGUUGCCAGAGACGGCUUUCGUGCGGACCCUCCAGCGCUACCAUGCGUCAGCAAAUGAGACGCGCACCGAGUACAUGGAGCGGCACUCCUCGCUGAUCUCACGCGGCCUCGCCGUCUCUGCCGAGCAGGUGGCCAUCUUCCUGACGUCGGACAACACCGUCAUCUCCUUUUUCGAAAUGUCAGCUGAAGACAUUGAGCGUCCCAUCACCAUCCGUCUGGGCGACCCCGCCACCAUUCUCCGCCAAUCCUGCGACGCUUCACUGGUUGUGCAGGCCGUUAUCGACGCCAUCAUCGAUCUAGCCAUUCCUUUGACGGCAGUCUACAGCGAUGUCAUUGGCGACCUCGAACUGGACGUCCUGACGAGUCCCAACAUGAAGCAGACGCGUAGCCUCUACAUCUGCGUCUCGGAAAUCAACAAGAUGCUCACCUUCCUGAACCCAAUCGAUAACCUCGUCAACGUCCUGCGCGAUCACCGCACACCGCUGAGCCAGGAAGCUGCCGCACGGGAGCUGCAGAACCCCGCCAGCGGCGUUAUCGUCACGCCGAUGACACACACGUACCUCGGCGACGUGCUCGAUCACUGCGUUAUCACGACCGAGGCCAUGCAGCAGAUCAAGCGGUCCGCGGACAACCUGAUCGACCUCAUCUUCAACACCAUCUCCGCCAAUCAAAACGAGAGCAUGAAGCAGUUGACCAUCAUCACCAUCAUCUUCCUGCCCCUGACCUUCUUGACCGGUUACUUUGGACAGAACUUUGAGAAUUUCAAGGACAUCCAAAAGCCGCAGGGCAUUCUCUUCUUCUGGCAAAUCGCCGUCCCCGUCGUCGUCUGCACGAUCAUCAUUAUGAUGCGGACCUGGAUCUUUGCCUGGUUCGAGAUGUUCUGGCAGCGCAGAAAGAUCAGCGCCGACAGGAAGAAGAGGAAGAGGAGAAGGGACAAGCGGAGGAAGGCGCGGGGCAAGUCGGAUUAG